AUGUUGGAGUCAAAGUCCCGGUCGAUCAUGUUGUUUCAGAUCGUUGUGACGUUGUUGUUUAUUGGUAAGUAUCUUACCGUCAGCUACAUACUCUUUUGCUUUUUUAACGCUAUAUAUGCACCCUUGUUUACGAAUUUACCUUUUAAACCGUAUACCUUGUUUAAAAUAAGCUCUUUUAUACUUAUGUUUCAGGACAAGUUGUUGCAUCUGAGAAAUCUACUUGUUAUGAAUGCUUUGGCUUUAACGAUCCGACUGCUCCGGAGCAGGUACAAUUGACAAUUUGUUAUUGUUUGUUCAACUUUUUUUUUUAAUUUAAAUUUUUUUUUUAAAUUUUUUUUUAAAUUUUGUAUUUUUUAGGAUGGAAAUCUCAACUUUUCCAGACAUUGUGCUGUUGUGGACGAACAGACAAAAAUUUCCAGGCCAUGUACAAAAGAACUAGGUUGUAGAUACGACAUUUUCUCUUACAAGGCUACGACCGGCAAGGGUAAUUAAAUUAUAAGAACUGGAAGGCAGUUAGCCUUUAUCAUACCGUUGUUUUGCUUCUGGAGCUUGUUGGUCAUGUCCAGGGCCGGGAGCGAUACCUGUGCUGAUUUUUUUUUGACCCUCGCUUCUAGACCAAAAUUCCUCGCCCGGCCGUUGUUAUAUCUAUGAAAUUUUGCGUUAAGCUUGGUAGGUUUUAGUUUGCAGGUUGAGGCUUAAGCUUAGUAGGUUCAAGCACUAAAAGAUGAGGUUUGGACUUACCAGGUUUAGGCUUAGUAAGCUUAGGCUUAGCAGUCUGAGGCUUAAGAUUUAAAAUUUUAGGCAUAGUAAGCUUAAGCUUAACAGGCUUACUCCUACUAGAUUAAAGCUUAGGCAUUUUAGGUUAAGGCUUAAUAGGCUUGGGUUUGACUUGCUUUGUAGGCUUGGGCUUAGUAGGCUUGGGCUUAGUAAACUUAGGCAUUGUAGGCUUAAGCUUAGUUGAUUUAGGCUUAGUAGGAAAAGGCUUAGUAGGCUUCGACUUAGUAGGCUUAAGCUCAUAAACGUAGUACAAUGAGAUUUAGGCUUAGGUUUGAUAGACUGAGGUUUAGGCUUUGUAAACAGGUGCUUAGGUCUGGUAGACCGAUGUUUACGACAUCUGUUUUGAUUUAUAGACAUCUUUUAAUACGUUAUAUUUCAUCUUACUUUAACAAGUGUUUUUUAGUGUACGACGUGACAAUGCGCAAGUGCAAUAGAUUUGGAGAUGAGGUAAGGCUGUAUGUUGUACAUGCACACGUUGUGCUCUAAUCAAAUUCAUAUUUUAUUUUUACUUUACCUUUAUAUUGCAGAUAGAAGAAAUUUGCAAAAACAAGUCGGGUGAACAUCCGUUUGAGAAAUAUUCCGUGUAUGGUUGCAUUUGUCAGGGAGAGCUGUGCAAUACUUUCACCUUCACCACAACUCUAAUGCCAAUCACAACCGAACCUGAACCUACAACCGAUCCCGAAUCCACAACCGAUCCUGACUUUACGACUGAAGACCCGGGAAACUCGACUGCCAAUUCGACCGCUCUAGCCUUGUUACCAACCGACUGGUCGAUUUCACUGACGACAUUGAUUUCCAACUACAUUUGGCUUUACUUGUGGUAG